AUGUCCUCGGAGGACUCGUACGCUAUCCAAAGCGGCCGCCAAUCCCUCGACGGUACACCGAGCGAGCAUGCCGCAAGCGACGGCAAUCAAACCGCCAUGACCAGCAUCAUGGACACAGACGAAGAGCGCCACCAUGAUUCAGAAUUUGACGAAGACGAAGACGUUGAUGAGGAUGACAUGAUAUCUAUAUACCCCGCCUCACAUUAUCCCGGCGUCUCUGCUGCACACCGGGUCGAGGCUCCAUUGUCCCCAGAUUCCCACGCGGCAGACUCAGACAUAGCUGCGUCCACGCGAUCAUUAUGGGCACAAGAUCUCGACUACCGAGAAAUCCACGGCCGACGCUACUGCCGCGAGUACUUUAUGCCCAACGACGACAUUGAGCAAUGGCGGAUAUCUCUUCAACACCAGGUCUUUAUGCAUGUGCUGGAUGGCGAGCUGACACUUGCUCCGAUCCAAGAUCCCACUCACAUCCUCGAUGUUGGUACAGGCACUGGCGAAUGGGCCAUUAAGAUGGCCGAGAUGCACCCUCAUUGCGAGGUCGUGGGAACCGACAUUGCCGCGAUCGCAGAGACCAAGAGCGUCCCUAUGAACGUAUUCUUCGAGAUCGAAGACGCCGAGGACUGGGAUCGUCACCCCGACAUGUAUGACCUGAUCCACUUUCGUACUAUGGAGGGCGCAUUCAGGAAUUGGAGGUUCAUCUAUGACAACGUGUUUUUCUCGCUGAAGCCUGGCGGCUGGAUCGAGGUGCAGGACUUUGACAGCGCCGAGGGUUUCGUUCGGUUCAUGUCGCAGUUCCCCGAGGGAUCACCCCUAUUCGACCUGGUUCGAGACCUCGAUGCCGCAGCGACCAAGUCGGGGCGGCCACGAGGCACUGCCCAUCUCGACCCCCGGUUAUUUAUGGAGGCAGGCUUCGUGGAUGUCCGGACAACCGAAUACUCGAUCCCCAUCACGGUGGCUGAGAAGUCAGCAGGCAAGAUCUGGCUGAUUGCGUGUCUGGAUGGUCUCGAAGCCCACUGCCUGCGACUCCUAACUGAGCAGCUAGGAUGGGAUCCUGAGAAGUGCAAAGCAGCCUGUGAGCGUGCCGCGCGAGAGCUGGCAAACUUGGCCAAGGACCCCGAAAAGUCCAAGGGUCUUCAGAUCAAGAUGCGCGUCGUGACAGGCAGAAAGCCACUGGACACGCCACCGACAGAUCUUGCAGAGCUGUUAGGGGCAUGCAGCUCGACCAGCACGGAGCUGAUUGAUGACGACAGCCCCGACCCAACACUGCAUGCUAGCGAUCAGGAUGUACGGGACACAGCCUCCACUGUGACAGAUGUCACGAUGAGGGAGACUCCAGCCGCGGCCACGGCGUCAACGUGA